AUGAAACCAAACUUCAACUUUAUCAAGGACAACUAUCAUGAUUCAUUUAAACAUUUAGAGUAUGGUAAUGUGCUGAACAUGAUGCUGGCAAAUCCAUUGAUAACAAAGACAAACUCUUUAGCUGGUGUUUCUCUGUCUAAUUUUUCACUAAUUCCUGCCUAUCAAGCAUGGUCUCACUCGAUCAAAAAUCACAUUUUUGAAGAUAUUAUUCAAAGAGAUUGGGCAUUUUCGUGUUUGAACAUCUUUCACGAAAAGCCGUCAAAACGCGCAUUGACUUCACCAUCCUCAUCAGCCUCGAAUGAGGAAUCACUAUUCGAAAAAUUAGCACAAAGUUUGGAAAUAUUUAUUAUCAAUUAUGGAAGUUUAUUGUUUCACACGUUUAAUCAAGUUGAAGAGAGUCAAGUCAUGGUGAACUCGGUAUCUCAGAAUGGUGAGUUUGAAUGGAAAUGGAUACAUGUUUGGAUGGGAUUUCUGUUUGAAGUCGUUGGGGACCCUCGUUUGUUAUUUGAUGAGGAUGACGUACACAUUCAAGUGUUAAAUCAUCAACUUGAUGUCCUUGAAGAAAACUUUGUUCUCAUGUUUUUGAAGAAGUUUAAACCAAAACCUGUGUUUAACUUUCAAUAUGCUCCAAAAUUUGAGAAAUGGUAUUUAUUAGGACGGAGAUGGAAAAUUGAUGAUUGCAAAGCUACAUCAAUCGAGAGCAUAUUAACCACACCUUAUUCAUUAACUAGCACGUUGCCAACACGUACAACUCUGAAAAUAAUGUCAUAUAACAUUCAUAAUUAUGAGGGAAAUUGGAAAUUGAGAUUGUUUAAAAUUCUUAAAACCAUUCGUAGACAAAAUCCUGAUGUCAUUUGUUUUCAAGAAGUACGUCUUGAUGAAUAUAAGGAGCUUUUCAAUAGUGAAAAUGAUUUCUCAGCUCACGUUUUACAGGAUCAUCAUCAAAUCAGUCAUUUGAAAAAAGCUCUCACUCAAUUAGGAUACAUUCAUUAUUUUCACAGACCUGCCAUGUCUUACUAUUCUCCACACUUCAUGUCAACGAAUGGCUUUCCUCCAAUGAUGCACGAAGAAGGACUUGCUAUUUUUUCUAAAUAUCCAAUGAUUGAAUCUGAUCACAGGUUGCUUUACAGAGAUGUAACAGACCCAUCGACACAUCAAAGAAUUUCUUUGAGAAGUAGAAUUAUAAUUCCCUUCCAUAAUGAUGCUAAUUUUAUAACAGUGGACAUUUUCAACACUCAUCUUUCGUUAAAAGAGCAUGAAAGAAAUCAGAAUGUUUUGGAUCUUUCCAAUUUUGCCAAUCAAGUGUUGAAUCAUGACGAGUCCAAUUCAUCUUGUUCUCUUUUUCAGCCCUCUUUUCAAUUGGUUUGCGGAGAUUUCAAUUUGGAACCUCAUGAACACGCCUACUCUCUUUUACAAAGGAGUGGAGAUUGGAGAGAUUCUUUUGAAGAAGCAAGAGCUUUACUUUUCAAUAACACCAACAAGUUAGAAGAUUUUGAUGCUCAUCACACUCUCACAUUUAGUACGGAUGAAACGUUUAAAAAGAGAAUUGAUUACAUCGUGUAUCGAACAAUAAGGCAGUUCAACACGUCCAAUGAUUUGCAAGUGAAGGUCCAUUCUUAUCAAUUGGAUGGAAAGGCUUCAGAGUAUUACUUUGAAGAGACUAAUUACAAGGCACCUAGUGAUCAUCAUGCUGUCAUUACUGAGUUCACUAUUGAAAAAGUUUAA